AUGGCUGAGGUACAAACGAACUUGUUAGAACGCGUCAGAAAUGGCUCUGAGCAUUUAAUGAUUAAGGCUAUUGUGAAAAACGUUUUUAACGAACAUCAUCGGCAAACGAAAAGGAAACCCAGGGUUUUUUCAAAUGAAGAAUUAUUUGAAAUCAGUCUUAUAUUUCAACGACUGUUUCAAUUGAACUUGAUCAAUACGGCCUCAGUACUGGAAUGCGAAACACCACAAAAUUUAUACACAGAAGAAGUUUUGAAGGAGAUUGUGAUUAACUAUUCCAAUAAACAACCGUUAUCGUCAGUUCACGAAGUGAAAAACGGACAGAAACUGCCCGAAACAUCUUCGAAGUCAUUAAUUGAGAAGAAGCCUAUGGUGCCAGUGAGCACACUAAAAGAUCUUCGUAUAUUCCGAGAAAAAACGAAUGAAGAAAUGGUGGAAUCAAGAAAGUUAAUCCAUUCGAGAAAACCAUUCAGAGAAGACGAUGAGGACGAGGAAGAGGACGAAGAUAUCGAUGAUGACGAAGAGGAUGAUGAGCAUACGAAUGAUGACAAAGAGUCAACAGGCGAAGAAGAAAACAACGGUUCUGAUGGGAACUCAGACGUUCGUUCUAAAGUUUCAGAUGAUACGAUUACAUCACCGAGCUCAUCAGAAGAAGAAGUUAAUCCUGAAUGGACCAAAACGUUGAUGUCAUCCCAAUCAAAAGCUAACAAAAUAAAUGAAAACAAGUCGUCUAAAGAAACAUUACCUACUUUUCCUGCUCUAUCACUUCAACGGUUGCCUCCUAUUAUCAGGCCAUUAGCUGAUACUUUGACGUCGAAAGAAGAAUCCCCAACCAGUACUGAUUCAGAACCGAAGUCUGAUAGAAAAAAACGCAGUAUCACAGAAAAGCAAGUUGAUUCAACCCUGACUGAGGCUAAUAGACAAGAAGUAGAAGAGAUAUCCGGUGAAUUAGAAGAGCUGAACUUUGAUGACAUGUCGGCAGAUUUCAGCGAUAGCGCAGAAAGCAUAUCGUUUUGA